AUGCCGGAUGCUGGAUAUUUUAGGGCUAAUGUAAGUGCUGGUCUGCAGUAUCAAGCACAACAAGAAUUUAUUUUGUUCACCGCUUUAUCUGUGGGGUUAGGCUGUAAUUUCCUCUGCUUGAACUGUGUUCUCCUGUACACCUUGAGGAGCAAGCCAGUUUUUUGUGAGACGCCCCGUUACAUACUGUUGUAUAACUUGCUCUUUUCAGAUACUGCUCAUCUUGUAUUAAGUUUGAUAAUGUACAUACUGGCUGUAAGCAGACUUAAGCUAACAAUGUAUGUUUGUGGUUUCGUAACAAUGCUCUCUACUUUGGUUCAAGCCGUCUCUCCUCUUACUCUGGCAGUGAUGUCCGUCGAGAGAUAUGUGGCUGUGUGCUUUCCUCUGAGACAUGCAGACCUUGUCACCGUCAGAAACACAGGAGCAGCCAUCGCUGCUGUGUGGACAGUCUGUUAUUUCAAUAUCUUCAUACGGGUGUUAAUACUUGUUGUUUGGCGACCUGACUAUGCAUAUAAUGAGAAAAUGAAGGACUUCUGCUCAAAAGAGGCACUGUUUCUGACACCCAUGUCUAGACGUGUAGAUGAAGCAUAUUCCGGUUCUGUGUUUUCAUUUGGGGGACUUGCCAUUUUAUUUUCUUAUGUCGGUGUGACACUGGUUGCCAGGUCAGCCUCAUCAGACAAAGCUUCUGCCAGCAAGGCAAGAAAAACUGUUUUACUUCAUUUCUUUCAGUUGGUCCUGAUACUAACCUUCACCUUCAGUUCUAUGAUUAUAACAGCCAUUGCAAGAAAGGUGGACAGAAUAACUUUGGUGCGUUUGUACAAUAUAAUCUUUGUGUGUUUGAAUAUAUUUCCCAGGUGUCUCAGUGCUCUCAUUUAUGGCCUCAGGGACCAAACCAUCAGACCAGCCCUCCUGAACAACAUCUGUUGUCAGAUAAGAUGCUUGGUCGGCCCCCUCAAGUCAAAGGUCCGAAAAAGAACCUAG